GAGCCAUGGUUUCUAAACUGAGCCAACUGCAGACGGAGCUCCUGGCCGCCCUGCUUGAGUCGGGCCUGAGCAAAGAGGCGCUGAUCCAGGCCUUGGGUGAGCCGGCGCCCUACCUGCUGGCCGGAGAUGGCCCCCUGGACAAGGGGGAGUCCUGUGGCGGUGGUGGGAGAGGGGAGCUGGCCGAGCUGCCCAACGGACUGGGGGAGACGAGGGGCUCCGAGGAAGAGACGGACGACGAUGGGGAAGACUUCACGCCACCAAUCCUCAAAGAGCUGGAGAACCUCAGCCCGGAGGAGGCAGCCCACCAGAAAGCCGUGGUGGAGACCCUGCUGCAGGAGGACCCGUGGCGCGUGGCGAAGAUGGUCAAGUCCUACCUGCAGCAGCACAACAUCCCGCAGCGGGAGGUGGUCGACACCACGGGCCUCAACCAGUCCCACCUGUCCCAGCACCUCAACAAGGGCACCCCCAUGAAGACACAGAAGCGAGCCGCCCUGUACACCUGGUACGUCCGCAAGCAGCGAGAGGUGGCCCAGCAGUUCACCCACGCUGGGCAGGGUGGGCUGAUUGAAGAGCCCACAGGUGAUGAGCUACCAACCAAGAAAGGGCGGAGAAAUCGUUUCAAAUGGGGCCCAGCAUCCCAGCAGAUCCUGUUCCAGGCCUAUGAGAGGCAGAAGAACCCCAGCAAGGAGGAGAGAGAGGCAUUGGUGGAGGAAUGCAAUAGGGCGGAGUGCAUCCAAAGAGGGGUGUCACCAUCGCAGGCACAGGGGCUGGGCUCCAACCUUGUCACGGAGGUGCGUGUCUACAACUGGUUUGCCAAUCGGCGCAAGGAAGAAGCCUUUCGGCACAAGCUGGCCAUGGACACAUACAGUGGGCCGCCCCCCGGGCCAGGCCCGGGCUCCACGCUCCCUGCCCACAGCUCCCCCGGCCUGCCCCCACCCGCCCUCUCCCCCAGUAAGGUCCACGGUGUGCGCUAUGGACAGUCUGCAACCAGUGAGGGGGCAGAAGUGCCCUCAAGCAGUGGCGGUCCCUUGGUGACAGUGUCUGCACCCUUGCACCAAGUGUCCCCCACAGGCCUGGAGCCGAGUCACAGUCUGCUGAGCACAGAAGCCAAGCUGGUCUCAGCCGCUGGGGGCCCCCUGCCCCCUGUCAGCACUCUGACGGCACUGCACAGCUUGGAGCAGACAUCCCCAGGCCUUAACCAGCAGCCCCAGAACCUCAUCAUGGCCUCACUCCCCGGGGUCAUGGCCAUCGGGCCUGGUGAGCCGGCCUCCCUGGGCCCCACGUUCACCAACACAGGCGCCUCCACCCUGGUCAUUGGCCUGGCCUCCACUCAGGCCCAGAGCGUGCCGGUCAUCAACAGCAUGGGCAGCAGCCUGACCACCCUGCAACCAGUCCAGUUCUCGCAGCCCCUGCACCCGUCCUACCAGCAGCCGCUCAUGCCCUCGGUGCAGAGCCAUGUGGCCCAGAGCCCCUUCAUGGCCACCAUGGCCCAGCUACAGAGCCCCCACGCCCUCUACAGCCACAAGCCAGAGGUGGCCCAGUACACCCACACAGGCCUGCUUCCGCAGACCAUGCUCAUCACCGACACCACCAACCUGAGCGCCCUGGCCAGCCUCACACCCACCAAGCAGGUCUUUACCUCAGAUGCUGAGGCUUCCAGCGAGUCCGGGCUUCACACGCCGGCAUCUCAGGCCACCACCAUCCACAUCCCAAGCCAGGACCCUGCUGGCAUCCAGCACCUGCAGCCCACCCAUCGGCUCAGUGCCAGCCCCACCGUGUCCUCCAGCAGCCUGGUGCUGUACCAGAGCUCCGACUCCACCAACGGCCACAGCCACCUGCUGCCGUCCAACCACAGCGUCAUCGAGACCUUCAUCUCCACGCAGAUGGCCUCUUCUUCCCAGUAACCAUGGCAACCGCCUCCCAUGGACUGGGCCCUGGAGCCUCCACAGCCUGCUUGAGGGGUGAUGAG